GUUGGCUGAACGGCAGUCACUUUUACAACGCCCAGCCCAUAAGCUUCUGGUCGUAUUUCUCAACGGAGCAGAACGGAGAGGUAGUCUCGUGCGAUACGUCAUAUGCGCGUGCAGCCAAGCGGAGCACGCGCCGCGAUACACCCGCUCUCACGAUAACUGCUCUCAUUCACAAACUUAUGAAUGGGCCUCUCAAGCCUAAAUUGAGUACCCGGCUACAAUUUUCAUUCAUAAAAUCGCUGUGCCAGGUGCAAACAGAAAUUCAUUGGUCGAGCGACUCGAUCACGUGACACAUGUGUACACACUGGUUGAUGGUAAAUGUGAUUUCUCCGAGGGCGAUACUCAGAAAGGGUCAGACAAUCUCCGACGACAUAUGCAACCACGACUGACAACGCCUGAAUCUACAACAUACAACAUCACAGUUUGAAACAUUCAACCAACGUGAUCACCAAGGUACCUGGAUCAAAACACAGCAAGAAAACAAUAUCCGUCAACCACUAUAAAGAUAUGCAGUUCCAAGAGUGAGUAGCUGCUUCUACACAAAGUCAUGAUAGUGCCAGACUUCACCCCUUUUGGAGCAUCGUUCCCAACAAAUGCCUACCACAGGAUGAUGGUGUCCAUGAUGGAACAGGGAAACAACUAUCGGGGCUUCCUCGGCCGCUCCCCACCUCCAAUCGUGCGGUCCCCACCCCACCUAGCCCGGUCCCCACCUCACCUUACCAGGUCCCCUCCCCACCUGACAAGAUCCCCAUCCCACCUAGCCCGGUCCCCACCCAAUCUCCUCUGUUCCCCUCUGAUGGGUAGGUCAGAACCUCUGCUGCGGCGACCCGACUACCGUGUGGGUCGAGACUCGGACCUCCACGUCUCCACCUUCCUUCCUUCCUCUGGUUCCUCUAUGAAGAUGGACAUGGUGGUAUCUCCUGACAGUAGUGAGGCUGGGUCGUGCAUCUCCCCAUCUUCUGAAAAAUCCCAGGUUGUCAUGUCCAGUGAAGAUGGAGAUAGUGCUGCCGUGGAUGGAUCCCAGAUGGAUAAGGAUGGUUUCACUGACAAAAAAGCUUUCAAGUGUCCUCAAUGUUUGUACUUUACCGACAGAAAGAACAAUUUGAAGCGCCACAUUGUUACCAUGCAUCAGGAAUGUUCCAAGACUCUAGAAUGCUGCGGUGUGAUGUUCCAUAGUAAAGCUGCUCUCAGAGACCACGUGGGACUCUUCCACCGCGGCGGCUAUAGGUGCCAAAUAUGUUCCAGGAACUUCUGUCGAAAAGCUCUUCUCCGUCGCCAUCUUACAGUCCACAGCGGGAGGAAGGACUUCUCCUGUGACCUAUGUGGCUACGCCACCAGCCACAAGAGCAACUUGGAGAGACACCAAAAGGUUCAUCUUCGCCGACCCGUUUGCACCAGCACAAGGGAAGCAUACCCAAUUCUUUCCCCGCUACCGUUAGAGAAACAGACAGUAUCUCAAUACUAUCCGAAAUUUGGUGGGCAUCGUGAAAAGACGAUCAAUCGAUUUGUGUUGUUGCCCAAUAGAAUUAAACACACACACAGAGGCACGUCAUCAAUCACCCCGAGGAGAAAACACCCACCGGAAGUAUCACCCUUUAGUUCACAGGAUGCUGCAAAUAACGCCAUGCAGGAUGAGGAUGUAAUGGAUGUAGAUUUACCAAACUAUUGCAAAGAAGUCCAGGAAGUGAGUAAGGAAACAAGUUAUCAGUCUCAUACUGUGAUAAAGCAAGACUCUGACGUUGAGAACAUGAAGACUGAGGUGUUCAGCUUUUCUCCAGAAAAAAAUAAAAACACUUCUUACAAGUCCUCCCUGUUGUCGUCGAGGCGACGGAUCUUUGUAACGCCGUACAAGUGCUUCGAGUGUGGUUUGACCUUUUCAAAACAGGGCGACCUACAUACACAUAAGUGCCGACCUCUGCGACAGCCCUCCGACAGUGGUCUCUCUGUGAUCACAGCCGUCAGGAAAGGUCAAAUCAAGCUUCUAUCACAGAAGGAAUCAGAUAUGAAACCACGGAUGAGUGAUGGGGCACACAGUGAGUCCCAGAGUGGUAAAGAAUAGAGACAUAUGCAAACAUAUACCACUCAAAAGAGGUUAAGGAACAUCCAAUUCUUUCAUAUUUCAGGGUUAAUCAAGUCGUGGAUAUGUUGUAGAAAUAUGUAACAAUCGAGUGUUCUUUGACGGUUUUGGGAGUUAGCUUCAUUCACAAGUGCUAAACAGUGUUAGAUGUAGGUUCCGUCGAGAUUACUGACAAUGUUGACUGAUGGUGAACCGCUGUAUGCCACGAUGCAUAUCGGUGACGUUUCCGAAGCUUGAUGCUGUCUGGACCUAUCGCCAUCAUGAAUGUACCAAUUUCUCAUUCUUUAUUUUUUGCUAUUAAAUCUUUAAAUGAGUCA